CCUCCUAGCCAGGCAGGCUUCUUGUACUGGUGCUCCUCUAUUCUUCUUCUCCAUCUUCAUCCCUAGCAGUACUACCUCAUCUCCCUUUCCCUCUUUUUUCCCCUCUCUCCUCCUACACCUUUGCCUUUGCUUCUCUCUCUCUCUGCCUGUCUUCUUUCUGCUUGUCCUGGCCUCCCAUCUUUUUCACCUCCCUCCUCUCCUGUACUGAUCAUUCCACCACCUCCAUUCCCUAUGCCCCUGCCCUCUGCUAACACUCGACCUGCACCGGCCGUCUGUACUAGCUAGCAUGCAGCAGCAGCCGCAGCAGGGAGGAGGAGGUGGAGGGCCGCCGCAGCAGUUCGGCUUGCAUCCGCCGGAGAUGCCGCCAUUCUCGCCCGCUGGGACCGCAGGGCAGCAGCGGAUCUCGAUGCCCGAGGGCCCCUCGCCCAUCAGCAGCCGCCCACCGGCUCCGGCUCCGGCGCCGGUGCACCAGCACCAGCAAAGCAGCGAGCUUGGCGCCGUGGGCUUCGACGAGGAGGCGCUCGCGGCGGCGGCGGCCGGCGAGGAAGGCGCCAGCGGCGGCGCCGGGGGCAACCGGUGGCCGCGGCAGGAGACGCUGGCGCUGCUCAAGAUCCGCUCCGACAUGGACGCCGCCUUCCGGGACGCCACCCUCAAGGGCCCGCUCUGGGAAGAGGUCUCCAGGAAGCUGGCCGAGGAGGGGUACAGGCGCAACGCCAAGAAGUGCAAGGAGAAGUUCGAGAACGUGCACAAGUACUACAAGCGCACCAAGGACAGCCGCGCCGGCCGCAACGACGGCAAGACCUACCGCUUCUUCCAGCAGCUCGAGGCGCUGCACGGCACGCCUGGUGCUGCGCCGUCUCCGGCGGCGCCCCCAGCAGCCACGGCCGUCGGAGUGCCUGGGGUGGUGGGACCCUCGGCCGUCCGGCCCCUAGCCGAGCCGCCGCCGCCAACUGUUGGUGCCACGGCUGGCUUGGCCGCGCCGAUGCUUCCGGGCAACCUCAGCUUCUCCACGUCCAACACGGAGGACUACUCGGAUGAGGGGGAUUCCGACGACGAGGGCACCGACGACAUGGCCGAGCUAGGCAAGAGGAAGAGGACGCCGGACGGUGCCGCCGCUGGUGCCGGGAGCGGGAAGAUGAUGAGGUUCUUCGAGGGCCUGAUGAAGCAGGUCAUGGAGCGGCAGGAGGUGAUGCAGCAGCGGUUCCUGGAUGCCAUCGAGAAGCGGGAGCAGGACCGCAUGAUCCGCGAGGAGGCGUGGCGCCGGCAGGAGAUGGCGCGCCUCGCGCGCGAGCAGGAGAUCCUCGCGCAGGAGCGCGCCAUGGCCGCCACACGCGACGCCGCCGUGCUCUCCUUCAUACAGAAGAUCACCGGGCAGACCAUCCCCAUGCCGUCCAUCGCCGCGCCCGCCAUCACCUUCAUGCCGCCGCCGCCUCCGUCGUCGCAGAAUCACGUCACGCCCAUCGCCUUCUCCGUCGCACCGCCGCCGUCGUCACAACCACCCGCUACUACGCACUCGCAGCGCCAACCCUCGCCGCGGCCACAGAAGCUGCCGACAAUGCCGCCCACGGCGCCGCAGCCGCAGAAGUCGCCGGCACCCGUGACGCCUCAGCCGCCGAAGCAGCAAGCGCUCGUGGUACACCAAAGCAACACGGACAUCGUCAUGGCGACCGCCGAGACGCCGCCCGACGCGUCGGGGUACGACGGGUCCGGAGGCGGAAGCGGGGCGGCGUCGUCGUCGCGGUGGCCCAAGGCGGAGGUGCACGCGCUGAUCCAGCUGCGGAGCAACCUGGACAUGCGGUACCAGGAGGCUGGGCCGAAGGGGCCGCUCUGGGAGGAGAUCUCCGCCGGCAUGCGUGGGAUGGGCUACAGCCGGAGUUCCAAGCGGUGCAAGGAGAAGUGGGAGAACAUCAACAAGUACUUCAAGAAGGUGAAGGAGAGCAACAAGAAGCGUCCCGAGGACUCCAAGACGUGCCCCUACUUCCACCAGCUCGAGGCGCUCUACCGCAACAAGGCGGCGCUCGGCUCCCCUUCCGGUGCCGGCGGAUCGCCCGCUCUGCCACCUCCUGCCACGGAGAACGCCAAUGCAGCUCCGCAGGAACGCAUCCAGUCGUUCACUGUCGCGGCGCCGAUCUCGCAGACGGCUCCGCAGCCGCAGACCACCCAGCUGCCACCCGUGGCCAAGACCGGCGUUUCCAACAACGACGGCAACGGGCACGGCGUUGGCGGCGUCUCCGUUGGAACGCAGAUGCAGGCGAGCAACGGAGGCAGCGUAGCGGGCAACAGGUUCGUCUUCAGCGAAGCCGGCGGCCGCGCGGCGACGAAGAAGGCAGAAGACAUUAUGAAGGAGACGACGCCGCAGCUGCAGCUGCAGCCGCAGCCGCAGGUGGCGCAGCAGGCGACGAUCAAUAGCUACAGCCGUACGGCCGGCGGCGGCGCGGCGGACAGCGACAACAUGGACGAGGACGACGAAGAUGAGGAAGACUACGACGAUGAUGAGGAGGAUGAGGACGACCUCGACGGCAACAAAAUGCAGUACGAGAUGUUCCAAAGGCAGCAAGAGCAUCAGCAUCACCAGCACCACAAUGUUGUCCGGCCGAACGCCGGCGCCACCAGCGGCGGCGGUAACCCACCAGGCGCCACCGCUCCCAGCGCAGCAGCGGCAACGACGACGGCCGGAUCUUUCUUGGGCAUGGUCCAGUAGAUCCAUCCAUCACCGGUGACUCUCUGCCGCCCAUACCUCCCUUCAAUCAAUGGCUUUCUUCAUCUUCUUCCUUUUUUCCCUUGUACCAUUUGUAUCUAGCCACCUACCUAUCGCCUCCCCCAUACCUUUCCAUAUCUCCAAUUCUCCAUACACCUUGAAACCUAAAACCUCAAGAGUCUCCUCCUUCAAGCUCCAGCGCCUCUCCGCCCCUCAUGCGCGCAUGCACGUAGCGAACGGCAUGUCCAUGUCAGAAUUAUUCGCCAUGCAUGCAUGCACAUAUAUGCCUGGGCAUCGUCGUCAUCGACGUUGCUACUCCGAUACAUACAUCCUCCAGCCAUCCCAUAUACAGCUCGAAGCUGCAUCCAUUUCUUGAUUCGUUACUGUGUCAAUUACAGCGCGCGCAUGGUCGCGUGGCGGCCUAGAUGUUUACAGUAGUAAAAAAAUGGUGGUCCGGUUAUUUAUUGAUUUGUCGUGGUAAUUAAUAAGAACCCUUCCCUGCCGGAGGGGGGUUCACUGAGAGGUAUAAUUGGUGUGGUGAAAAAGAAGCGGUAAUAAGGUCGAUCGUGGUUAAAAUGAAGAGGGAGUACACAUACAAAUGGUGUGUGUUGGUGCCAGUACUUUGGUGCAUGCGAGUACUGCUCUACAGCGUGGUACUGUAGUACUGUUGCAAUGGAGCGGUGAAAAAUGAAAAGGAACGGUGGUGUACUCACCGGCCAUGAGGAAGAAGGCGCUGGAGCAUGCGGAUUUUUUUGUUUUACCUUUUUGAUGUUUCAUAAGUUUUCAAUAUCUUUUUUGAAACUACCAAAAUUGUCCAUUAUGUAUUACCGAGGUAUUUUCUUUACUCAAAAAAUGUUUUACUGAA